AUGGUUCUACCAUUGGUGAUAAUCUGCGCUGUGCACAUACUUCCAGUUCUGGAAUCUCGGCCAAUUAUAAGCUGCUACUUUCAGGAGGGAAAUCCGCCUGUAAGCUAUUUCGAAGAGAAUUUAUGCACUCAUUAUAAUCUGAUCGGCUCCUGUACAGUUGACGACCAUUAUCAUAUCGUCCUCCCCAAUAUUACCACAAUAAUUACCAUGACGAAAAGGUUGCAUGGUCAACAGUCAUCUCCCAAAUUGUUAAUAACUCUUACACCCGUCAACAACCUUAUGUCACACCUCACAAGAAGCAAUGAACUAAGGAAAAAAUUGGUAGAAGAUGUAACGCAAUACUUGGUGACGAACCAGGUCAACGGUUUCGACAUUGAUUGGGAGUUCCCGCUAGGGAGUCGGGAUGCGCAACCUACGGAUAGAAAAGGUCUCUCUGUCCUUAUAAAAGAAUUACGAGAAAGCUUCGACCAAGCUAAACCCAAUCUACUGCUAAGUGUGGCAGUCGCUGCACCCUUUACAAUCGCUGAUAAGGCCUACGACAUUAAUCCAUUCAACAAAUAUCUAGAUUACGUUCAAAUUAUGAACUACGACUUCCAUAUGUAUUCCAAGCUGGAGCCUUUCACAGGUUUCAAUGCACCAUUGUAUCGUAAACAAUAUGAAUUUGGAAUACUCGGUAAAAUGAAUUCGGAUUAUUCGACACAACAUUGGUUGAAAAGAGGUCUCUGGGCCAAUAAGACCGUGUUCGGCAUACCCACUUACGGACGUGGCUAUACACUUCUGAACAAAUACCUCCACUUUCUCUAUGCUCCAGCUAUCGGACAUGCAUUUGUUGGUGCUACUUAUUCAUUCGCUGAGGUGUGUAAUCUGACGGAUACAAAGAAUUAUAAAUAUGUGUUUGAUAAAGAGACGCGAUCAGCAUAUAUUUAUGGUAGUGAUCGGCAAUGGUUAGGACUAGAAAAUCCAAUAACGAUGUUUUCGAAAGCGAGCUACAUGAAAGUAUAUAAUCUUGCCGGUAUUAUGAUAUACGAUCUAGCAUCCGAUGAUUACAAGGGUGUGUGUAAGCAGGGAACGUAUCCAUUGAUAAAAGCAGCUAAAGUGGCAGCAUAUAAUGAAAGACGAAACUGGAAAAGCGAAUGA